GGACCAGAGAGAGAGGGGGCGAAGUUUAAUCAUUGAACCAAGCGGGCUGGAAGUAUUUCUUUUGUGAGAACACCUAGCUCCCCGGCAGGCCUCCUAGCCUGAGCUGGAAGUGCGCCGUCCUUUGGAGGUGUGGGAGGAACACUGCACAGAAAUCUCUGCCCGUCUCAGGAGAGACCUAACUGGGGGAAAAUGUUCGCAGUGCACUUGGUGGCAUUUUACUUCACCAAGCUGAAGGAGGAUCAGAUCAAGAAGGUGGACAGGUUCCUGUAUCACAUGCGGCUCUCUGAUGAGACCCUUUUGGACAUCAUGGCACGGUUCCAGGUCGAGAUGGAGAGGGGCCUGGCCAAGGACACCAACCCCACAGCCUCAGUGAAGAUGCUGCCCACCUUUGUCAGGGCCAUCCCCGAUGGCUCGGAAAAAGGGGAGUUCCUUUCCUUGGAUCUUGGAGGAUCCAAAUUUCGAGUCUUGAAGGUGCAAGUCUCGGAAGAGGGGAAGCCGCAGGUCCAGAUGGAGAGUCAGUUCUACCCAACGCCCAAUGAAAUCAUCCGAGGGAACGGCUCAGAGUUGUUUGAAUAUGUGGCUGACUGUCUGGCAGACUUCAUGAAGACCAAAGACUUGAAGCAUAAGAAACUGCCCCUUGGCCUGACCUUUUCUUUCCCCUGUAGACAGACUAAAUUGGAAGAGGGUGUAUUGAUUUCCUGGACAAAGAAAUUUAAGGCCCGAGGAGUUCAAGACACAGAUGUAGUGAGCCGCCUGACCAACGCCAUGAAAAAACACAAGGCAGGCUGCAAGAUGCAGGGAAACUCCUUCUUCCCACCCUCUGAUGCCCUCUGGCCUUCUGUCCAGCAGGACCUGGAUGUGGACAUCCUAGCCUUGGUCAAUGACACCGUGGGGACCAUGAUGACAUGUGCCUAUGACGAUCCCUACUGUGAAGUUGGUGUCAUCAUUGGCACUGGCACCAAUGCUUGCUACAUGGAGGACAUGAGCAACAUCGACCUGGUGGAAGGCGACGAGGGGAGGAUGUGCAUCAACACGGAGUGGGGGGCCUUCGGGGACGACGGGUCCCUGAAAGACAUCCGCACCGAGUUCGACAGGGAGCUGGACCUUGGCUCGCUGAACCCGGGGAAACAACUGUUCGAGAAGAUGAUCAGUGGCCUGUACCUGGGGGAGCUUGUCAGGCUCAUCUUGCUGAAGAUGGCCAAGGCUGGCCUCCUGUUCGGUGGUGAGAAAUCCUCUACUCUCCACAUUAAAGGAAAGAUUGAAACACGGCAUGUGGCUGCCAUGGAGAGGUACAAAGAAGGCCUCGCCAAUACAAGAGAGAUCCUGGUGGAUCUGGGCCUGGAGCCAUCCGAGGCCGACUGCAUUGCCGUACAGCACGUCUGCACUAUCGUCUCCUUCCGCUCAGCCAAUCUCUGUGCAGCAGCCUUGGCAGCUGUCCUGACGCGCCUCCGGGAGAACAAGAAGCUAGCAAGGCUCCGGACCACUGUGGGCGUGGAUGGAACUGUCUACAAAAUACACCCUCAGUACCCAAAGCGCCUGCACAAGGUGGUGAGGAAACUGGUCCCAAACUGUGAUGUCCGCUUCCUCCUGUCAGAGAGUGGCAGCACCAAGGGGGCCGCCAUGGUGACCGCAGUGGCCUCCCGCGUGCAGGCCCAGCGGAAGCAGAUUGACAAGGUGCUGGCUCUGUUCCAACUAACCCGAGAGCAGCUUGUGGAGGUGCAGGGCAAGAUGCGGGCUGAGCUGGAGUAUGGGCUGAAGAGGAAGACCCACCCACUGGCCACUGUCAAGAUGCUGCCCACCUAUGUCUGUGGGAUGCCAGACGGCACAGAGAAAGGAAAGUUCCUUGCCCUGGACCUGGGGGGAACCAACUUUCGGGUCCUCCUGGUGAAGAUCAGAAGUGGGCGGAGGUCAGUGCGGAUGUACAACAAGAUCUUUGCCAUCCCCCUGGAGAUCAUGCAGGGCACGGGGGAGGAGCUGUUUGACCACAUCGUGCAGUGCAUUGCCGACUUCCUGGACUACAUGGGUCUCAAGGGAGCCCAGCUGCCUUUGGGCUUCACGUUUUCAUUUCCCUGCAGGCAAACGAGCAUUGACAAGGGAACGCUCAUAGAGUGGACCAAAGGUUUCAAGGCUACUGACUGUGAAGGGGAGGACGUGGUGGACAUGCUCAGGGAAGCCAUCAAGAGGAGAAAUGAGUUUGACCUGGACAUAGUUGCAGUCGUGAAUGACACAGUGGGGACCUUGAUGACUUGUGGCCAUGAAGAUCCUAAUUGUGAGAUUGGCCUGAUUGCAGGAACAGGCAGCAACAUGUGCUACAUGGAGGAGAUGAGAAACAUUGAGCUGGUGGACGGGGAUGAAGGAAAGAUGUGUAUCAACACGGAGUGGGGGGGCUUUGGAGACAACGGCUGCUUGGAUGACUUUCACACGCAGUACGACGCAGAGGUGGACGAGGGGUCUUUGAACCCUGGCAAACAGAGAUAUGAGAAAAUGACCAGCGGGAUGUACCUGGGGGAGAUUGUGCGGCAGAUCCUGAUCGACCUGACCAAGCAGGGACUUCUCUUCCGAGGGCAGAUUUCAGAGCGUCUCCGGACCAGGGGCAUCUUCGAAACCAAGUUCCUGUCCCAGAUCGAAAGUGACCGACUGGCCCUCCUCCAGGUCAGGAGGAUCCUGCAGCAGCUAGGCCUGGACAGCACCUGUGAGGACAGCAUCGUGGUGAAGGAGGUGUGCGGAGCAGUGUCCCGGCGGGCGGCCCAGCUCUGCGGGGCUGGCAUGGCCGCCAUAGUGGAGAAAAGGAGGGAAGACCAGGGGCUUGAGCACCUGAAGAUCACCGUGGGUGUGGACGGCACCCUGUAUAAGCUGCAUCCUCACUUUUCUCGGAUAUUGCAGGAAACUGUGAAAGAACUAGCCCCGUGCUGCGAUGUGGCCUUCAUGCUGUCGGAAGACGGCAGUGGAAAGGGGGCAGCUCUGAUCACUGCCGUGGCUAAGAGGUUACAGCAGGCAUGGAAGGAGAACUAGGAACCCAGCCUUGGGCCUGCUGCACCCUGGACACUGACCAGUUAGUCUUUCCUCUAGCAAAUGAGUUGGUCAGAGACCAAAGGACAACCUCCUAGAUGAUUUCACCUUGUGGAUGGUUGAAAGAGAACCCCAGGCUCUCGGGCACUCUUAGCGUCUUGUGGCUGGCUUUGCAUUGACAUUACAUGACAUCUGUAUUUGCUGUAUUUGGCCAAAGAUGGGUCAGCUUGUGAAAUCAAACUGUCCAUCUUGAGAGAUCCCUUCCAGAAAAUUUUCCACUGGAGGCCUGAGCUGUCAGUUCUCUGUGGCUUUUGGUCCUGUGGCUGCUGGACUUGGAAACCUACAGAGGCUACUCAUGUGGGCCUGGCUGGGAUGUCCCACUGGGACAUCUAAGCCAUCUGUUAUGGUAGAUCAGGCCCUCUAGUUCCAGAUGAACUUUUGAGAGGAAGAGGGACUCAUGUAAUGAUCUGGGGUGGGGGAAAUCUAAUCUAACUUGUCCUUAACUUAUCAUGUUGACUUCAAACCUAAGAGAGAACAAAGACUUUGGCCUAUCCAGCCCAGGCCGCAGAGGGCUGAUUGUCAGGGAGCCCUGUGGCAUUCAUUUCAUGCUCAGAGUGAGUUAUGCUAGUACCCUGAAGGUGCUUAUUCCUUCAGGAACAUGUGCUAUGGGGUAAGGUGCUAUUUGGGGCAUUUGCUUUUCAUUUUAUAAGUGGUUGUGUUGCUGUGGAUAGUUGUUUUAAGGACCGUUAGGUGUAUGAAAUUCAGUGAAUUAAUAAAAAAUAUUUGAUUUUCCAA